AUGUUCAGCUAUCAGGAUAAAGCGAGCAACGGAGGCGAUAGUUACUUCGACGACUCGUUCUACUCGUCAAAUUCUAUUGAUAACUCCGAACACGCCAGAAACUUUCGGAACUCUGUGGUGCUGCCAGAUAUGUCCAGAAACGCCAGUUUCGACUCCGGACUGAGGCUUCAACCAACAAACAUACAUGAAUUUGAAGCGCCACACGACGGCACCGAAUAUCCCAGCGAGUUUUCGGACGUGGAUGAAACCGAGACUAAGACCCUGAAAGUAACUGCAUCGCCCUCCCUGAGCGCACUUUCGGGCAUUCUGAGUGAUAAAACGAGGAAAGUUGAGAGCCGUUUGCGUAAUAGCGUCAUUCUCGAACAAUCUAUACCGGAAGAAGAAUCUACGCCCAAAAUCAAAGUAGAGCCCAUAGUACACGAUUCGCCCAACUUAAUUGAUAUGGGCGGCAGCUCAAACGGGAACAAUUUCGUGAGCUUCAAGUCAGAAGCCGGAAACGGCGCUUUUCAAGAGCAGCCGGAUUUUUUGAUGACCCCGAAACUGGAUCCCCCCACACCUCGAGUCGAACCCGCCGCUUCUGGUUCUAGUAACGGGUCUCAAAUCCAACAAAAUGCAAUCUCAGCUGCUCAGACCAGCGAAACAGAGAGAGAUAACAAGGCUGUUGCCAAACCCACACCUGCUCCCCCCACCGCUCACACAGAAUCCGCAGAAAGCGCGCCUUUGUCCCGUCCCAUUUCCAAGAAGCAGGCUUCUUCUAUAAGGUCGUUUUCAGGAAUGUCCGCAGGGUCUCGCAGCUUCGUUGAGUCCUCAGGGAAAGAACAGGGCGAAAACACUAAGCGUAAGAACAUAUUUUCGUUCUUGAAAAGAAGACCCCAGAAAUCUGCAUCUUUUGUCGUCAAAGAAUCGAGCUCAGAAGCCCCGCUGCCGACAUCUUCGACUUUUUCUAUCCCAAAGACAAGUAAAGAUGAUGAGCUACCAACUUCUACCCGUUUGACAAAAAAAACACAUAGUAAUGGCAGUAUCUUCAGUGCUUUCAGAAAAAACAAAAGCGGCAAAUCCAAUACAGCUGUUCCGAACCUGGAUGUGCCAAAACAACGCAACCAGCACAGAUCCUCUGCUUCAUUUCAUGACGAUGUGCCAGUUAAGCGUGACGUGCGGUCUCGGAAACCUACUCCGCUAGAUUUUGAACACCAACCACGAAAUCCAGGACAAUCUCAAGAGACACACAGCAUUUCUGCUCCUGAAAAGCAGGAAUCGCAAAGCGUUUCAACCAAAGACGAGGUUGAAUCAAACACGGUAGGAAAAUCUCAACCAGAGCCGUCAGUUCAGCCCACACAAAGUAUUGCGGUAAGUCCGACUCCCGAAACACCCGCAAUGAAUGAGAGCGCAUCAGGGAAGCCUGAUUUCGGAGAAGUCUUAUUCCCCAAAUCUUUAAGCGCUCAAGAAGUCGAGUCAAUUGUUUCCUUAGAAAGGUCUCGAUCGGUUAAAUCGAAUAAACGGAGUUCUCUGAACUCGCAUCGCAUAUCUUUUACUGACAAUAUGUCAAUGAAAGCACAAAAUGGUGGAAUGUUCAUAACGGAGCCUUCAGCAAUAAAGCUCUCAACUCCCGAUCUAAGCAAAUCACCACAAACAAGCAUACUGAGGAACGGAACGUUUGACAGCCUUGAAUUCUCACCUCAGAAAAGCUCUUCGCGCAGCCAGAGACCGCUAGAGCCCGAGAGUGGUUCGUUCAACCCGGAAGACAAAGACUUUUCAUUUACUUCAAUAGAGCAGACAUUGAACGAUCUUACAGUCGACAGCGGCAGUGCAGGUGGCGCCAAUGACGAGAAGAGAGCUUCGGUUACUUCUGCAGCUGCAAGUUACGAAAACGAGUUCAUGUCGGACAUCAUGGAGUUUGCAAGCAUCAUCGACUUUGGAAAGGACUUAGACUUGAGUUUGGACCUCAACCCUCCUGAGAAGGGGUAUCACUCUUUAAAUCCAGCAGACAAGUCUCGAUUGUCCGAACAACGAGACGACACUGUGUCAAUAGACUCUUUUAAUUUCGACUCAGGCACGCCGGAACGAAGCCCGGAAAAGUCUGGCUCCAAACUUGCUCCUGCACUGGAUUCCGCUCAUCGCGACAGCUACCAGAGUGACAUUUCUAUGCGCAAAUACCUCGUCAGCGAUCAUGGUGCGUACUCAAGCGACAAAGAAGAAGGCUUCGAUGAUGAAGAGUUUGAAGGAGAGAACUUCAAUCAGUUGGAAGAGCCAUUAACAGGAGAUGACGAAAUUGCUGCGCUCUGGCAAAGUCCUACCAGUCAAGGUGGGCGACCAUUAUCACUUUCAUUCAAAGGACUAAGAGCUCAACAGCUCAAUAACCCAUCGCCAAGCUCGCUCAUGCCACCUUCCUCGACUUCUUACACAAUUGCGGACUCCUUUGCAGCCAAGACCGUUGCAUUUUCGUCCAAUAUUAUUCUUUACGCUACUUACACCGAAGAAGAGUACGACAGACAUCCAGACAUUGCAACUUGCAACCAGCUCACCCCACAACUAGCACAAAUGAUCAAGGAUGAACUAAACUCUUUAAAGUCAGAGAUGGAAGUUCACGAAGAGUCAAGAUGUUACACGCAUUUUUACUGA